CCAGCCGCUCAUGCCUGAUGUCACAAUUCAGAGUCUGCUGCCUGCCUAGGAUAUUGUCGAAAGUUGUGUAGAUCCUCUCUGUCUGUCCUACAGGGCUCCUUGUGCCAGAUCCUUCUCCGAUGGCUCUUAUGAAAAACUAUCUCCUCCCCAUCCUGGGGAUCUUCUUGGCCUGCUACUACUAUUCUGCAAAUGAAGAAUUCAGACCAGAGCUGCUCCAAGGAAAGAAAGUGAUUGUGACAGGAGCCAGCAAGGGGAUUGGAAAAGAGAUAGCCUAUCAUCUGGCAAAGAUGGGAGCCCAUGUGAUGAUGACAGCAAGGUCAGAAGAAGCUCUAAAGAAGAUAGUAUCCGACUGCCUGGAGUAUGGGGCAGCCUCAGCACACUACGUUGCUGGCUCCAUGGAGAACAUGACCUUCGCAGAGCAAUUUGUUGCCAAAGCUGAAAAGAUCAUGGGGGGACUAGACAUGCUCAUUCUCAACCACAUCACCAACACUCCAGUGAAGCUAUUUACUGGUGAUAUCCACUUCGUGCGCAAAACCAUGGAGGUCAACUACCUCAGUUACGUGGUCAUGAGUAUGGCUGCCUUUCCUAUGCUGAAGAAGAGCAACGGAAGCAUUGUGGUCGUCUCUUCAAUGGCUGGGAAAAUAGCUAAUCCACUCCUUGCUCCCUAUUCUGCAAGCAAGUUUGCUCUCGAUGGGUUUUUCUCCUCCAUCAGAAAGGAGUACUUUGUGACCAAGGUCAACGUGUCAAUCACUCUCUGUGUCCUCGGCCUCAUAAACACAGAGUCAGCCAAGAAGGCCGUUUCCAAGAUAGUCAAAGACGAGGGAGCUCCAAAGGAAGACUGUGCCCUGGAGAUCAUCAAGGCGGGAGCUCUGCGCCAGGAGGAACUGUAUUAUGACAAAUCGAUAUGGCCCAGUCUCCUGCUGAGAAAUCCGGGAAGGAGCAUCAUGGAAUUUCUCUUCCUAAGAACUUUUAAUGUGGACAAAUUCAUAAACAACUAGGAACUUCCUUAGGGCUGGGCAUGAUAAGGGAGCUUGGGACUGUGCUGCCUGAUAUUUAUCUAAGCUCCACCCACAAAGGCCUCUCCCCAGGGACAGAAAUGUGUCUUCCCAGAAAGCCGCAAGUCACGCCUCACAUCUCACAGUUCGGAGGAGUUCCUCUAACACUUGCACGGUGGACAUGUAAUUGUAAUAUAUGUCAUGGACCUGCAGUUGUGUCUAUGAGUUUUGCUUUGUUUUGCUUGCUUAAUCCCUUCCUUCACCGUUUUCAACCAGACCCGCAACCCCCUCCCCUCUGACAGCUGUCAGCCUGCUUUCUACCUAUGGAUCUGUUUCUAUUUUGUUUGUUAGUUCAUUUUGUUCAUUAGAUUUCACGUAUGAGUGAAAUCAUAUGGUACUUGUCUUUCUCUGACUGGCUUGUUCCACUUAGCAUAAUGCCCUCCAGGUCCAUCCGUGCUGUCACAAAGAGUAAGAUUUCCUUCUUUUUUACAGGAACAUGCAGUUGUGAAAUUGUUAGUAACCCUGCGUAUAAUUGCAAGGUAGUUAGAUCAAAUUUACCUAAUAUAUAAUAAUGUUAUGAUGCUUAAUAUAAUAUUAAUUAUAGCACAGUCACAUAAACUUCAUAAAUCAUAACUGGUGGCUAUAACCUCAUUUCAUCCAGUAUUUUCUUUUAAAACCAUAACCUGUGCAAGUAAAAGUUACCAAUGUCUAUUCCUUA